AUGGAGACAUACAGCUGGACGCAGACCCUGGCAGAGGUGCUGGUCUCCAUACCCAUCCCACGUGGCACCAAGGGCAGGGACUGUGCAGUCAGCAUCCAGCCCUCAUCUGUCAGCAUCGGGCUAAAGGGCCAGCUUCCUGUCAUAGCGGGUGAGCUGUAUGCCUCUGUGAAGCUGGAUGACUGCCUGUGGAGCAUUGUGGAUGGCAAGUUACUAGAGGUCACACUGCAAAAGGUGGACCGCAUGCAGUGGUGGAGGGCGGUGGUGAAGGGCCAGCCCGAGAUUGACACUCAGAAGGUGGAGCCUGAGAACUCGCAGCUCGGCGAUCUGGACUCUGAGACGCGUGCCACGGUGGAGAAGAUGAUGUAUGACCAGCGGCAAAAGGCGCUGGGCCUGCCGACCUCUGAUGAACAGAAGAAGGAGGACAUCCUGAAGCAGUUCAUGGCAGCCCAUCCGGAGAUGGACUUCAGCAACGCCAAGAUUGCUUGA